GGGGGGGCGAGGGGGUGCGGCGACGACGGGCUCGCGAAGGUUCCAGAGGCGCCGCGUGCGGGAGGCGGGCUGGGUGUCGCGCCGGGUCGAGUGUGCGCAGGGGCUGCGAGCGCUGCUCCUCGUGCGGGUGGGGCCUGCGUCCGGGUGAGCGGGUUCGGUGGUGUUUUCUGUUCUCUGCUCUGCGCGGCUGCAGCUCGGGCCUUGCCUGACCCAGCCUGACCAUGGCUUCAGCUUUGGAAGAGCUACAGAAAGAUCUAGAAGAGGUGAAGGUGCUCCUGGAAAAGGCCACUAGAAAAAGAGUACGUGAUGCCCUUACGACUGAAAAAUCCAAGAUCGAGACCGAAAUCAAGAACAAGGUGCAGCAGAAAUCACAGAGAAAAGCAGAACUUGUUGACAGUGAAAAGCCAGCUGCUGUGGUUGCUCCCAUUACAACGGGAUACACCAUGAAAAUCAGUAAUUACGGAUGGGAUCAGUCAGAUAAGUUUGUGAAAAUCUACAUUACCUUAACUGGAGUUCAUCAAAUCCCCACUGAGAAUGUGCAGGUGCAUUUCACAGAGAGGUCAUUUGAUCUCUUGGUAAAGAAUCUAAAUGGAAAGAGUUACUCCAUGAUUGUGAAUAAUCUCUUGAAACCCAUCUCUGUGGAAGGCAGUUCAAAAAAAGUUAAGACAGAUACAGUUCUUAUCUUAUGUAGAAAGAAAGCAGAAAACACGAGGUGGGACUACCUGACUCAAGUUGAAAAAGAAUGCAAAGAAAAAGAAAAGCCCUCCUAUGACACUGAAACAGAUCCUAGUGAGGGACUGAUGAAUGUUCUAAAGAAAAUUUAUGAAGAUGGAGAUGAUGAUAUGAAGCGAACCAUUAAUAAAGCCUGGGUGGAAUCAAGAGAGAAGCAAGCCAAAGGAGACACAGAAUUUUGAGACUUGAAAGUCAUUUUGGGGACUGUGAUGUGGAAAUACUGAUCUUUCCAAUGAGGAAAUGUUGGUGAGCUGCACAGAUAAAUUUGACAGAUAACUACUUACAUAGCCUUCUUCUAAGUAAAGGCAAUGAAUUCUCCCAUUUCUACUGGAGGAUUUAUUUAAAUAUGCUUAUUAAACACUUCCUCCAAAGAUGGUUUCCUUAGUAAUCUGGGCAUUUCGUUCAAAAAAGGAUAAUAUUGUAUUCUUGUGUGAAAUGUUAAAAAGCAAGUCUUGCCUAAUGAUAAUGCCACAUCGUGUGUAUUUUUGUUCAGCUAAGAGGUAGAAAACAAAAGUUCUCGUUUGCCUAUAAGUUUCUGACAUCACCUCCCACCAGUGUAAGAAUAAGUAAAAAUAAAACCUGGAUUUUUGCAUAAAAUGCAAA